AUGUCUGAAAUCAGAGACGACAGCAUGAACCAGCCCACUGUGACGGAUCCUCCCGAUGCGGUGACGUGGGAGUGGAGCGCCGUGGUCUAUGUGCUGGUGAUGCUGGCCGUACUCCUCAGUGUCCACAUCCCCCUGGAGUUGCGCGGUCGCAUGAAGUGGGAGAAGAUCCGUACGGAGCACGUCGUGGAGAGCGCGCGGCCCGCCUUUUCCACGCAAAGUUUGUGUCUUUGGAGAUUCUUCUGUUUUGUAGUGGUGGUCAUGACGGACGUGGUGAUUGUCGACUCUAGUGCAAAGGGCACGUUGGUGAGAGGUGGUUGGAUCAUCUUUGCCACGUUCACCAUUUGGAGCUGGUCCUUGAUCGGUCUCUACAUGCUCUUGAGCGGUCUCAUGACUUUAGCCACCCGUUUUGGUAACUGGAAACCCAGCUCUGCUGGCCGCUGCACGGCGAUGUUGUGCCGUUUGGUGUGGUUGCUCUUCGAGGUGAUGCUCCCCGUGUCCUUCCUGAUCUUCCUGGCGGUCUGGUUGGUGUUGCUGCCAGUGGCCUAUCAGACCACCGGUGGCGACAUGGGGCUUCUGACCUGGCCCGCGCUCUUCUGUCACAACCUGAAUUUCCUCUUCAUGUUCGUGGAGGCCUUGGUAAAUCGACUUUGCAUCACCACCUAUCAUCUGACCUUCAUGUUCUACUAUGGUGCCUCAUAUGUGAUCUUCUCCUGGAUCUUCUUCAAGGAGUACCAUUUCUUCUUCUAUUUCUUCAUUGAUUGGCGAUAUCCGUUGGUGCUGAUCGGCUAUACGGCCCUGCUGGUGACGCUGACGAUUUUUUUCUUUCUGGGACGCAGCAUUGUGAACUGCGUGAAACCGCCCUUGUAUACCUGGGAUCUGGAGGAAAGUGAGGAUGAGACGAGUGAAUCGAUGGCAUCCAAUGGCUGGAGCGACUCUGAUGAGGAGGAACGUGCCAAGAAAUACCAAGAAGAGAAGCACGCCAGAGACGAGGCAGCCUUCCAAGAGAAGUGUGGCCGGCUCUGUUUGGGGGUUUCUAUCAAUCCAGGUCAGGAGGCUGGCAUCAGCACCGUGACCUUCUUCCGCGGCGCCGGCGGCGUGUCCGCCGCGGCGACGACGCUGCGCGCGCGGCUGCGGAAGGUGCUGCGGGCCAAUCCCUGGGUGGCCGGGCGGGUGGCGCGAAAGCCGGAGGCCUCACGCUUACAGCUGCACUUUCCAAGUUCUGAUGCCACGGAGGAUGCAGAACUCCUGGAGGAGAUUCUCCAUGUGGAUCCUGCAGGGUUAACGGUGCAUCGUUCGAUGACCUACGAAGAGAUCACCUCUGCGAUCCUGGGCUCCAGCGCGGUGGUGCAACGCCUGGGCUGUCGCUUCAUGCUGGAGCUGCCCUGUUUUGCAUGGCUUGGCACCAUCGCCAAAGAUGCGCUCCAGAUACGUAUUACGUUGGUGUCGGAUCCCUAUGAGUCCGAUGCUUUUGCCAUGAUCUUCAGCAUGGGUCAUACCACCGUGGAUGGCUCCAGCUACUACCAGGUGCUCAACAUGCUGUCGCCAGAUGCAGAGAUCGUCAGCUUGCAGGUCCAACGGAAGCAUGAGGCAUCGCCCAGGAUGAUCGAAGCGCAGGGCCGCGAGGACUACGACUGGAUGCUCUCCACCUUGAUCGCCAAGGCGCUCCGCGAUGCACUGAGAGGCCCCAAAGCCAGGGCCGUGUGUCUCUACGUGGACGACGCCCGUAUGAAGGCAGCCAAGGCGGCAGCAACAGAAGGCAGCCAGGUGUCCUUUGUGUCGAGCAACGAUGUGUUGGUGAGUGGCCUUGCCAAAAUGGCGGAGGCCCGCACCUACACAAUGGCGAUGAACUUUCGCGGCCGCAUUGAGGGCUUAGAAGCCACGGACGCGGGAAACUACGAAUCGGCUCUGAUCUUGGACUCCGCCGUCUACAGCAGCCCCGCCACGUUGCGGGAAGUGCUGCAGCAGGGGCCGCCCUACAGGACGCAUGGAGAAGCGUUGCCUGCGCUGUGGGAAUCCAUGGGGAGCCACUUCGCUUCAACCUCCAGCUGGGCUGGCUUUACUGGAGAAAUGACGCUGGGCGGCCAACAGCUCUUGCACUUGCCCUUGGUGCCCUUGGAGAACAUACCCUUUGAGUGUAGCUGCAUCUUCAGGCCAACGCAACGGCGCCUGGCCGUCUUGGCUUUCACCAAACGCUUCGACAAGGACGACUUCGUGCGUGCGCUGCCACUGGGGGAGGAGGUCGCGCCCGGCGUCUUCCCGGAAAAGUAUGGAAAAGUGCUGUGA